AUGAAGGCAAGCUACAAAGAGCACAUGAAGGAUUAUUUCGAUGCUCGCCAGACUGCAAUUAAUGAGCGAUUGGCAGCAGAAGCGGCUGCGAAAGCUGCUGAAGAAGCAAAAACUGAAGAAGAAAAGGGAGUACCAGAACCGAUUGCAAUGGAAGCGGAAGAAUCGAACAUUACUUUCGAAAGUAUGGACUUUGAAAGACAAGACCCAGAAAAGCUGGGAAAGUAG